AUGUCUACUUCGGAUGACGCAGGCUUCACCGUGGUUACACAAUCGUUCGAUACGAGCUCCAUUGCUUCCCUUGCUUCGUCCUUGUCGAGCGAAUUUGACAAGUCGACAGGCUCCUCUUUCACCCAGACCGACGGUACUGCUACCACUUCUACCACACCGUCGGUAUCAGCUACCACCAGUCAUGCCUCGGGCGCAGUCACUCGCACAACCACGACCAGGAGUCCGAGUACAGCCACUGGCACUGGCACGUCCGCGCCUGAUUCAGGAGGCAAGCUCUCUUCGGGCGCAGCAGAUGGAAUCGGCGCCGGGGUUGGAGUCCUCGUUCUCGUCAUCUCCGUUGUCUCGGCCGUCCUGAUUUUGAGGCGGCGGCGUCGUCAUUGUGGCCUAGCGGAAAAGCAUGAGCACGAAAGCGCGUCGUGCAUAUACCAUCAAAAGCCGGAGCUUGAGGACACAGGCAUGCCAAAUAGUAGCCUAGGGAAUCUGCUUCGCAGUGAACUACCAGGGCAGAGAACGAAUCCGGACAGUGACGAUGUCCUUGCGGAGCUGGAGGGUUCAAAGCCAACAAUCCCGGCGCCCACAACAGCUACGGAACUUGGAGCAGAUUGA